AUGUCCAUUCGCGUGCAAGUAGCGGCAAUGCAGUGGUAUUGGUUGGAGCUCGUUGCUGGGCUUGACUACAUGGAAAUUCAUCAGCCCGUGAUGAAUGGCAAAGCUCAGCAUGACGAUACUUUUGGUUUCAAUUGUCUCAUGGGCACAUUUACUCUUAAUCUUGAUGUCGCUGAGCAGCAUAUGAAAGCUGGCAUCCCAGUCUAUCUCGUCUGGCCAACCGAACAAUUUAUCAAUCAGAUCAUACUUAAAGCUGAGAAGCCAAUCGUUCUCAGCGUCAAUGAAACCAUUCCCGAGCCUUCGUUUCCCAUUGUUUUUGAAGGCGACCCAUCUCAACCCAAGAAAUUUGAUGCUAUGCAUUGUUUCAUGAAAAUCUUCCAAACCUAUCGCAAUCCUUUCCUCUUUUCAACCGCAUCUUCCUCAACGACUGUCUCCUCUGCUCCCUCCUGUUUAGCCCCUCCUUCAGGUUCUAGUGGUCCAAUAUGCGACACCAGAGGCAAGACCCGAGCAUCUGGUCCUCUUUCAAGCAAACAGCCUUCACAAAGAAAGAAGAUUCAAUCUCUUCAAAGCACUAGAGACAAGUUUGCUGACCUGUCUGGACCAUAUGCCCUGCUGCCGAUACCUAUGUGGUCUACUGCCAAUGACAGCAUUGAUCAGAAUUCAGAGCGCUCCCAACAGCGUGAAGAACGAGUCCGUCGCUCACAGAGCGAACCCAAUACAAACACCAGCCAGGACUACAACAAAGGAUACGCCUUUCCUGAUCUGGCACUCCUUGUUUUUGCAUCUGUGACUCGUCAAAGCACCUACUUCCGUCAGUGGGAGCAUUGCCGAGACGGUCUCAUUUAUCGUAUUUCUUCUUCCACUUCGAAUGCAACACCUGUCCAUUCUCAGGUCUGGCGAGAACUGCUAACAAUGCCUUUCAAGAAAGAAAGCACCAAAACAACCAAAGCUCAUGACAUCAUGUUAGAGAUGAUGGGGACAGCCCUUCAAGUGUCAGGCACUGAAACUAUUUUGCGAGUACCACUGGCAACUCAAGACCAGCCAUUCGAUAUUGAGAGAGGUUGUUAUCUUGUUUGGGAGCUUUGUGAGCUCAACUUUCGGUUGGAACUCCUAGGGCUCGAUGCAUACCUUACCAGGUCUGCACACACCUCUACUCAAGAUGAUGCCGACUUUCGACUCCAGCGUCAGAAUACAAUACUCAAGCUAUUCCCAGAAGAAUCCAUUGUUCCAUCCACAGGAUCCUGCGGUUGUAGUCUUGCUUCUUCAGUUUGGCAGGACAGGUGUGCAGUGCUGAAGGCUUUCAGAAAUAUAAUGCAACAAUGGGACGUGCCUCUCGCAGUGGAGGCUAAGGGUCUUCUAGGUCCGUCAGGUCGUAAAGUGUCACUGAAGGUUGAGAAGGCCUUGGCGGCUCAUUAUGCUCAGACUUUCUUUGAUUGCUUUGGCCGGCCACCGGUCUUACCUCGUAUUAGGCCGUCUCAUCAGCAGAUUUGA